CAGCCUGCUGGACUCAUGUUGGAUCACUGCGUUAGUUGAUCCCGUCACAUCGUAAAUGGAACAUCCCCGUCUGAAAACGCAACAACAACAACAACAACAACAAAAGAUUUUUUUUUUGAAAAAAUAAAAAUAAAAAUGGACCCGAUAACUUUAACAGCAGGGUAGGAAGAAGAAAAAAAAAAAAAAAAGAAAAAAAAACACGUCUGGCAGCAGUCGAUAUUAAAAACAUGCAGAGGGAGACAAGCUCGGGGCCUUCCAGAGUCAGGAAAAAGACUUCGGACAGCUGCAGACAGGAGAUGGGUAUGGCAUUUCUAUUUUCCCCCAGCCCAAUGAUUUGUAUAUGAAAACAUAGCGCUUUUAUUCUCCCCCCUUCUGGGCUCUGCUUCUGAGUGAUCAGCUGAUGAAGAGACUAGCAGCUCGCCGCUAUGCUGGCUUGCUAAUUCUCUCCCCCACAGCUGCAGCCGAUCCUGAUAGCCAGCCUGCAGAUUGCACUCAGCCUGAGACCAGAGAGAACGGGUCCCUGGUGGAGAUGGAAGAGGACAUCAGCCUGAAGAAACGUAAAAGCGAUAACCAUGGGGAGAAGGAACUGCAGGCCGGGCAGGAGACUGGCGAGAAGGUCAAAAGGAAGCGAGGGCGCCCACCGGCUGAGAAGCUGCCGCCAAAUCCACCGGAACUCACCAGAACACUGAGCACGCUGGUAGACAUGGUCAUCAACUACAAGGACGGGUUGGGUCGACAGAUCAGUAAAGGCUUCGUGCAGCUUCCCUCCAAGAAAGAGGUACCUGAGUACUACGAGCUGAUCCGAAAGCCUGUGGACUUCAGAAGGAUCAGGGAACGUGUGCGUAAUCACAAGUACAGGAGUGUGGGGGAUCUGGAAAAGGAUAUUUUCCUCCUGUGUCACAACGCCCAGACUUAUAACCUGGAGGGAUCUCAGAUCUAUGAGGAUUCAAUUGUCAUUAAAUCUGUUUUCGAGAGCGCGAGACAGAGAAUUGUCACAGAUGAGGAACAGAAAGAGACGGUUAGCGCCAGUCACGGCGAUAAUGGCGGCAGAGCUGAAGACCAAUUUGUUUCAGCAGCAGUGAAACCGUUACCAGUCCAGCUCAAGAAAGGGAACCAGGAGGAGAGAAGCAGAAAUACCAUGGCCAAGAGGCUCCACAGUGAUUUAGACAGCGAUGAGGAUCUAGAGGAUAACACUACAAAAGAUGAAGGUUGAACUGAAGGGCCCACAAGUUUGUUUUUUUUGUUUUGUUUUGGUUUUUUUUGGUAUCCUCAUUCAUGUGUAAUCUCAGCCGCAUCCCUUUUCAUCGGUUUCCGUCAUUGUCCAAGAAAAUAAAAAACGGGGAAAGAUCGCUCAAAGAGAGGUCGCCUACUUAUGGAUCAGUUCUUCUUUUUUAGAUGACUCAUCCCAGUCAGACACGUCACGCUGCACAUCGUGCUGCUCUUUUAUUUUAGCUAGUCUUUUACAAAAAAAAAAUGUUUUAUCUCUGCCUUAGUCCCUGUGAUUGCUUCUGCAAAUACUAUGUACAAAAAAAAAA